AUAUUAACAUUAGCUAUGAAACAUUUAAAAUUCAUUUCGAGGACUGUGUUGGUACGGAAUGAAAAUGUGGAUGAAGCCUGCCGUGUAUUGAACCGAAUAAUGGGCUCUGAAGGUUUCUUGGAUCAGUACAGAAGAACAAUGUUUUAUGAAAAACCAACACAAAUGAGAAGAAGAAUUAACUAUGAGAAAUGUAAAGCAAUUUACGAUGAAGACAUGAAGCGGAAGAUUAAUUUUGUACUACGCAAAAACCGACCAGAGCCAUUUCCUGGAUGUUAUUAAUCAAGUUUAGUUAAAAUUAUUUUUCAAAUGUUUUAACACAAUGCUGUUAGCAUAGAUAUUGUAAUAUUAUAGUAUUAUAUACUAUUAUACUGAUAAUAUUUUGUACAUUUUGAAUUUAAUAUAAGUAGUUAUUUUUAUUGAUAUU